AUGGCUCCGCCUCUCCCUCUCGUCGUCCUCGUCUUCCUCGCGGUGACGACCGUCGUCCAGCUCUCAGCUGCUGCGGGUGCGGGGGCGCCAGUGGUGUUCCCCAAGGAAGCCAUGCCGACGAAAUCGGGGUACCUCCCCAUCCCGCCCGCCAACGCCUCCCUCUUCUUCGCCUUCUACGAGGCCUCAGACCCGGUCACGCCACCGGCCUCCACGCCACUCCUCCUGUGGCUGCAGGGCGGGCCGGGCUGCUCCGGCCUCCUGGGCAACUUCUUCGAGCUCGGCCCCUACUUCGUCAACCCCGACGGCGAGACCCUCCGGCGCAACCCGUUCGCGUGGAACCGCCGCUUCUGCCUCCUCUUCAUCGACAGCCCGCUGGGCACCGGCUUCAGCGCGGCGCCGUCCCCGGCCGACAUCCCCACCAACCAGUCCGUCGUCGCCGCGCUGCAGUCCUUCUACGCCCUCGACCCGAGCCUCCGCGCGCGGCCGCUCUUCCUCACGGGCGAGAGCUACGCGGGCAAGUACGUCCCCGCGGCGGGGGCGCACAUCCUGGACGCGAACGCGGCGCUUCCCGAGGCGCUGCGCGUGAACCUCCGCGGCGUGGCCAUCGGCAACGGGCUCACGCACCCGGUCGCGCAGGUGGCCACGCACGCGGACUCGGCCUACUUCCUCGGUCUCGUGAACGCGCGGCAGAGGCGGGAGCUGGAGGCGCUGCAGUCCGUGGCCGUGUCGCUGACGCUGGCGGAGCGGUGGAACAUGACGGGGCUCGCCACGCUGUACGACUACGCGAAGCAGCGGGCGUACGCGACGGACGCCGUGGGGGCGUUCCUUAACCGCGCCGAGGCCAAGGCCGCGCUGGGCGCGCGCGGGGACGUGGCGUGGGCGGACUGCAGCGACGCGGUGUUCGCGGCGAUGAACGGCGACGUGAUGCGCAACGUGAGGCCGCAGGUGGAGUCGCUGCUGCGGCGGGGGCGGCGCGCGACCCGCGUGCUGCUGUACCAGGGCGUCCGCGACCUCCGGGACGGCGUCGUGUCCACGGAGGCGUGGCUCGCCGGGGUGCGCUGGGACGGCCUGCGCGCGUUCCUGGACGCCCAGCGCGCCGUGUGGCGGACCGGGGACGGGGAGCUCGCGGGCUACGUGCAGCGGUCGGGCGCGCUGGCGCACGUGGUGGUGUACGGCGCUGGGCACCUGGUGCCGGCGGACAACGGCCGCGCGGCGCUGGAGAUGAUCGAGGGCUGGGUGCUCGGGACGGGGCUGUUCGGGAGCCGCGGUGGUGGCAACGGCAGGAGGCGCGCAGCCUGA